GGGGCCACUCUAGGCUGCCAUCUCGCCGGCCGGCCCCACAGCUCAGUGGUUGUUGGGCGGGGCCGUGACGUCCUUGGCGUGGCUGCAGGGGAGGCCGCGGCGGGGAAAAUGGCGGACGGGAAGGCGGGAGAAGAGAAGCCCGAAAAGCCGCAGCGAGCUGGAGCCGCCGGAGGACCUGAAGAAGAAGCAGAAAAACCUGUGAAAACUAAGACUGUUUCUUCCAGUAAUGGAGGGGAAAGUUCCAGUCGCAGCGCUGAGAAACGAUCAGCUGAAGAAGAAGCUGCAGACCUCCCAACAAAACCUACAAAGAUCUCCAAGUUUGGAUUUGCCAUAGGUAGUCAGACGUCAAAGAAAGCAUCAGCCAUAUCCAUCAAACUUGGAUCAAGUAAGCCUAAAGAAACUGUUCCAACUCUUGCUCCAAAAACUCUUUCAGUAGCAGCGGCUUUUAAUGAAGAUGAAGAUAGUGAACCAGAGGAAAUGCCUCCAGAAGCAAAGAUGAGGAUGAAGAAUAUUGGAAGGGAUACACCAACAUCAGCCGGACCAAAUUCCUUCAAUAAAGGAAAGCAUGGGUUUUCUGAUAACCAGAAGCUAUGGGAGAGAAAUAUAAAAUCUCAUCUUGGAAAUGUCCAUGACCAAGACAAUUAAAUGAUGUGUUUUGAAAUUGGGGUGUGGGGUGGGUGUAAAGUUAAAAGGAACAGUUUCCUUUUUUAAAGAAUGGUAUAAGACUAUCUUUGGAGCCGCUUUUUUUUUUCUUUUUCAUUUUUUUUAAGAUUGAGUGGUACACUAAUAAAUGAGAGUUUGAAAUUAGAGGUAAUUUAUGUUUUAUACACAGAUUUCAGACAUUUGCUAAUUUUGUAGUUUCAUGUGAUUAGUUUCCAAAGGUUACAGAUAAUAAAGAAAUCAGAAAUGGUACCUUUUUAAGAAUUGCAUAUUUUUUUAGACACAACUAUUAGCACAUUAAGAGGGAAGCAAAACUUUAUUGUCUAUUUAAAACUGCGAGUAGUUAAGUCUCUUAACUCCCUCGUUACCUAAACUGUCAGGCUCCCAGGAACAGCCUUAUAGAGGGAAGGGAGUAUUGUACGGAGAAAAAAAGUUACUAUUGACUGAAAGUAAAUUUAGAUAAAAUUAAAGUACAGCUUUUUCUUUGUGGGCAUUUGUUUUAAGUCAUCAUAAACUAGAUAUUGCAUUGCUGUCAGUGGAUACCACGGCUUAGCUCUUUUAAAAAAAAAGUUUAACUUUUUAUGUAAACUAUCGAGUAUUUGAAAUAGCCUACUUCACCUUAAGGGAUCUUGUCUACCUUCAUUAGUCUUCAAAGACCAACCAUUUGCUACCAAAGUAAAUCAGUAUUUCAAAUGUGCUUCUCUUGGUUUUUGUUUAUUAGCUAGUUCCUGUACGCAUUUCCACCAGAACUUGAGGCAAAUCAGAAGGAAGCUGUUUCUUUUAAAAUACAAACCACCACCAAAAAUGUAAAUGUACAUAUUGCUUAAGUAUUUGGCUUUUUUUUAUUUUUUAAAAGGUAUAAACACCAAAAAAAAAAAAAACCACAUUGUAUAAAGAUGGAAAAUGAGAAGAUGCACUUUCUGUAACUUUGUCUACACAUUUAAAUUACUAAGUUGUGAAAUCAUAUUUGAAUUAAACUCACUACAGGACUUCUUAAUAGUACAAUUACAUGAUUUAGUUUAAGAACAUACAUAUUGACCAGUGGCCUCUCCAAAGCACAUUUUAGGUACUGAGAUAUAGAGAAAAUGCAUCUUCAAACAUAUUUUAUGGAGUUCUCACCACAUAUACUCUGUUAAGAUUUGUGUAUUGUAGAGUGUUUGUUUUGUAUUUUUUGUAUUGCAUAUGACCUCUUUUUUUAGUGUGACAGUUAAACCCAUCUUUAAAAACGUAAGUCACAGACAAAAUAGUACAAUGAUUUCCUUGAAAACUCCUAUGAUGUUAAAUUUGGAGGCAGCUUCAAACUUUUACUGGUGGUAACCACUCACUAAGCUCUUCUAAUAGGUAAUAACUCCAGAGAAGCAGCCUGUGUAUAUUCCUAACACUUUCUUCACUUACAUUUAAGUCUAGAAUAAGCCCCAAGUAAAACAAUGGAAAUGUAUAUAGAACUUUAGUUCUUACAUGAUUUUAUUAUAUCAAGUUACAUGAAUUUAACUUACUUUAAUGUAGGCAAAGUAUCCAUUUUUGUCCAUUUAACUGUUGUUAAAAUAACAUCCCUCUCCUACACACUGAUUUCUUGACCCAAAUGGAAAAACUUAACCUAAGGUCAAGAUGGGAGAGAGAUGACUAAGAUGAAUGUCUUUACUAAAAUACCAAUAAAUUUCUCAAACUCA